GUCGGCAGUUGAAGGAGUGAAGGAGGCAAAUGUCAGCAAAAAAAAAAAAAAACGACGGCAGACACAAACUGAGGACAUUCUAGGCAAAAAAUACGCUUAACUUCCAUCAAACAGACCUGGAUUUCUUCAAUUUUCUUAACGUCAACAAAAGAAAAGACGUCUUCCGGUGAAAUUCUGCCUUAAAUCUCAGGAAUAAGCGAUGUUAAGUCAUCGUUUUACCUCCUGAUCAGUGCUUCUGAAACGGGGUAUGGCUCCAGCCCUAACCAAAAUCCUGAAAGAUGGCCAUGGGAUCCACUUGUCCUCUCCUGCCUCAGAUGGGAGAGUCAUGGAACUGGAUCCAACAGAUGACCUGAACCUCCAGAAGAUGUUGCUGAACCUGCCUGCAUUCCCCUCUCUGGAUUCCUAUCUCCAUUUGAACCCCCUGGACCUCCCUUCCAACACCGAGGUUUCUUCAGAUCUACAGCCAUGUGCCAGCCAGUGUGAGCUGCCGGUCCUCCCCAGGCCAGGUUCUCUACUCAUGAUCUGCAAUAAAGGCCUGAGAGAUUCUCAUCAGGUGGCAUCCAUGUUCCCAGGUGUACCCGACAUGUUUUUAGUCCCUGUUCCUGAGCACAAUAGCCAAGAGGCUUGUUUGCUGCGUGGACACACUGCUGCUUUUCAAUGUGAACCAGAUGGUGGUGAUGUGCAUCAGUCCCUCCCUACUCUCUCAGCUAUCUCUGUUCCGUAUGCUCAAGGGGAUUUGAAAUCAUCUUCUUUCUUUGCACCUUCAUCGAUGUCUAUCCAGGAAACCCCAGCUCCUAUGCACAUGUUGGAGUGUGAUCAGCUGGUACCUAGUGCUGUACUCGAGGGGAAGCUGUCCAGACAGGCAGGACUGCAGAACCGAGCUUGGACGCUACAGAGGAGACUGCAGAUCCUGCUAGGAGAACAUGCUUUGCUUCACUGCACCCAGCAGCUGCAGGGGCUGAAGAGACACUGUUGCAAUGGAGGUGUACUUUUUGACUCCAUUCCUGCUGGGGUACCGCUCUCACAGGUGGGCAAUAAACACCACUAUCCUUGGCUGGAAAACCUGCCUUCCUUCACGGAGCUUGAAAAGUUCGCCCAGUCCAGCCACGCAGUGCUCGGACGCCUGCAGGAGGCCUUGGACUCCGAGGCCACGGCCAGCAGCAGCUCAGACGAGGAGCUGGAGGACUUCAAGACCAGAGAAACCAAGGCCUCAACUAUCUGUGAGAGGCGUUGGCUGGAGGAAAGAGCUGAGCUGGGCAGCAGAUGGAGCUGGUUGCAGCUGCGUUUGGCGGAGCUGGACGGGAGGAUACAACAGCUGGGGGAGCUCCACAAGCACCUUCGCUCCACCAAGGGUGGUGUGGUGCUCGCUGAGUCUCAGCCAAUGACUGACAGGCAGAUUCAGCAGACGUUGCUGAAGGAAAUGGCAUGGUUAUCCUGCACACCCCUGGAUGCUGACAGUGAACCCUGCAGCCCAACACGCCUUCUCCACAACAUCGAGAGACAGAGUGCUCAGCUCAGCGAGAUUGUCAACAGUCUCAUGCUCCCUCUGAACUUUUCACCGCUUUCAAAACAACCAGACACUUGGAAAGGCAAGAGAGGCUUCAAUAGAGGUCACACAGAAGUGGAGGAUGUUGGACUUGGGAGCUCUAAGAGGAGGAAGUUUGGGGCAAGAAGGCAGCAGCUCCUCAAAGCCGCUGCGUCUUGCGUCUGUGCCCGUACCCGACCCCUGGUGACCUACCACAAACCCAAACUGUUCAGGUUUAACGCCUGCAGAGCAAAGAGCUCAGAGAGAAGCACAUCCAUCCACUCAUCUCUCAUCUCAUCACCGUCAUCAUCUUCCUGCUCACGUUGUUUCUCUUGUAACCCCGUGGCGCCAUGCUCCAAUCUGGACUGCAGCUCCAGCAGGACCCUGCCCUCCAGGACUCCCAGCUCAACACCUCACCAUGUGGUGUUUCCUUUGUCUGUCAUUCCACAGUGCAGUCACUUCAACAAAGUCCCAGCCAGGGAAACAUGGUCUCAGAUACCUCUGGUUAUUAACACCCAACCGCUGAGGUCUGGACAUUACAGCAGAUACAGCCCCACGCCCCUGCACAACAGCCACAAAUACAAGCAGCAUGCGCGUCCCCAUGAAAAUAGAGUUCUGGGUCCGUCACCCAUCAGGCUGUUGGGCUCGGCUCAGAGUCAACACAGGAAAGCAUAUCAGAGGAAAAGGAAGAGGAGACGCAUUCACAGGCUGAUGGGAGAUGAUGAUGAUGACGUCUCAUAUUGUGACCCAGAGGACAGUUCAGAUGAAGUACUGGAGGAGAGCUACACACCAGCCUCAAAAAAGCAGGCCUCACAGGGCUCUGUUCGCAGACGUCAGGGACAGAACAUGUUCAAUAUCAACAACGUUGUCAUCCCCAUGUCACUGACUAAAGUAGAGAAGCUGCAAUACAAAGAUAUCCUCACACCCAGCUGGCGAGUUGUUGACACCCAAUUUCUUGUGAGAACUGAAGCAGAGAUAGAUGAGGACAAGGACGAGCAGGUAGAGAUUGUCACUGACGAAGUCUUUGCUCAGAGACAUCUAGCUUUGGAGCAGAAAGAGAAAAGGCGUUGGCCUUUCUGGGGAAAGAGAAAAGGCUGCAGGCAUCCUACAAGAUCUGGCAGCAGGUUGUCAGGCAGUGGGGGUGGGAUGUGCACAUCAGGCGAGGAAAGCUCUGUGGAGUGGAGUUGUGCUCAGCUGGAUCCUGAUGAGCAGCCAAGCUCUGAGGAAUGUUUGCCUCAAGCCCCCUGGGAGCCACGAGUGUUUCCCUUAAAUGACGAUGAGGAGCAGCUCCUCCUGUCUGAAGAAAAAACUCCAGAUCGUAUUUCUACCUCCUCUUCAUCAAAGAACUUCAACUUCCAUCUCUCAACACCUCAGUCAUCUGGCGCCACACCGCCCUCUGGUGGACAAACCAACGGCAGCUGAGGAAGCAGUGCCUUGUCUCUUACAUAUCCCCUUAAAUGUUUGGGACCAUGAAGAGAAAAAUCUGUCCUGGAAAUCCUAAUACAAAUACUUCCAUUCCAUGAGUAUGACGUUUUUAAUAUUAUUAGUCUUAUUACUGAGCAGAAGUGUAUAUAUUUGAGAUUAUUAUAUGUUAUUACGUUGUGUCACAAUAGUUAUAACAGACUACUGUAGCUCCUGCAACACUUUCAGGUUUUACUGUACGAGAGGUACUACUGUACGUUCAGAAAUACACACCAGCGCAACCCUGUUAUCGUCUCAGGAAUGUGUAAUAUUUACAGUCUCCAUGUUAUAUUUAUUUCCAGUUGUACACAAAAGCCUGUAUAGAAAAACUUCAGAAUAUAUAUGUAAUCUUUAUUUUAUUUACUUGUGCUGUCUCUUAGCUUUUUGUAUGUUGCCAUUUGUGUUUAUAUUUUUAUUACAAAUUGCAUUUUAUUAUAUUAAACAUA